AACCAAAAUUGGGCUUUUAAAACCAAAUUUUAAUUUUUUCAGCCAUUAAAAACUUUAAAAUGCCAACUUUUUACCUCUAAUGCUUCAUUGUUAUAUUAUAACAAGGACGUAACUUAUUAAAGUUAUUUUAAUUAAAUAAUUAAGUCAAGAACUUUAAAUUUUAAAUCCCACUUUGUGUUACAAUAAUCUUCCAACAGAUGGCGCACCGUUUCCAUGGCAACGUUGAUUAUAACCUCGUAACUUGUCAAAAGUGACACUAUGGAAGUAUUUGUUGUGCCAAAUAAUGAAAACACAGUUAAAAAAGUACUAUUCCCGAAGAAGCAGCAAGGAGACGACGGUUUAAUAGUAAAAAUUAAUGAGAAAAUCGACGUCAAGUACAGCCACCAAUGUAAUCAACCAGUGAAGCGAUUUUUCCACUGUUGCUUCAACUGUACAGGCAACUUGCUGGCUUGCAUCAACAACAACGGGGUAAUUUUCAUUGUUGAUGUGUUGUUAAAUACUUAUUGGUCAUUACCAGGGACAGAGUCAGUCACUGUGCCAAAAUUCUCCAACACAAACAACAAUGAAAUCUUUUUGGGUACUGAAUGCGGUUGUAUACUUAUUGUGGACAUUUAUAGUGGUUUCCUGGUGGGCAAACUUAAAAGACACAAAUUGCCAGUGAAAUAUAUAUCGUUUUCUUCCACUGGAUUAUGUGUAACCACUGCUGACAGUGAGGGAAUUAUUUGGAACUUAAAAACUAACACCAAACAACAAAUACUGAAUUUAAAUGUAGACUUGAAGCUUAAAUUUCUAACAUUUAUCCCCGUUACAAACUGCAUUCUAUCAUGCUUAGAAAACGACACCUUCCAAUUGUGGGACACACAUACUUGGAAGCUGAAGCACCGAAUGGAUACAAGUCAGUGGAACAAUCACACUGUUAAAAACAUUACGUUCUCGGAAAACGGCUCAAAAAUAAUUAUUGCGUGCGUUUUUAAUAGCCUAGCUGUUGUGGACGCCAACGAGUUUAAAACGUUGCAAGUACUACAACUCCCUGAGUAUAUUUUAACUGUGAAACAAAUUGAAAUUGUACCACUAAACUUAGUUUGGAAGUACAGCAAAAUGUUGGCCAUAUUAUCGGGUUCUGGAGUGUUGUAUUUUUAUGACUUGGAGCUGCAGAAGGUUGUAAACCAACUGAGUCAAGAGUCUGAUAUAAUAAAAUUUCAUAUUUCCCCUGUAAACAAUUUUUUAGCCCUAAUAUUGACUUCUGGUGCUGUCUGCGUUUACAAUUUAUUGCUCUUUACAAGCGUCCCUAAAGUAGUCGAAAGCCCAGUGAAAAAGAAACAAGUAAAUUUAAAGAAAGUUAAGGUGAACAUGGUAAUAAUCAAAAAAGAGAAGGAAGACGUAUUAAACGUAGCAAAGCUGAAGCCAAUUUUAAAAGAGUAUGGCGAAUUUCCUAAAAUGUACAGGGCAGUAAUCUGGGACAGCCUCCUUCAGUUACCCAACAACUCAGAAGAAUAUAAAAACAUCUCCAGUCACAUAACAUUAGAAAGCUUUCCAGAUUUAAAAAAGCAAUAUCCUUUGGAGUCUGAACAGUCAAUCAGGAGCUUAAGGAUUUUAUUGAACAAUUUAGUGAGCUGGUCCCCGUUUUUUGCUAACGUCUCAUUCCUGCCUUUAUUUGUAUUUCCUUUUGUCAAGGUGUUUCAAAACAACCCCAUACAAAUUUUUGAAGCUGUUAUCACCAUCAUAUUAAAUUGGUGCCAACAUUGGUUUGAGUAUUACCCCCUGCCUCCCUUGAACAUAUUCUCCAUGGUGGAAAACCUGUUACAGGACUCAGACCCUGAGUUAUAUUACCAUAUCACCGCCUACGAAAUAAAACCAACAAGUUACAUUUGGCCGCUGCUAGAGACGGCGUUCUCCGAAGUCCUGACCGCGAACGAAUGGCUGAUGCUUUGGGACCACGUCUUGAUCAACGAACCGUCGUUCUUGCUCUGCGCAGUCGCCUCGUACUGCGUCGUUCACCGCUCCAACCUACUGAGCAUGCGCAAAGAUGAUGAAUUUAAUACGUUCUUCCAACGACAAAACCCGAACAACACGAAGAAGUUUAUAUCGAAAGCUUAUCACAUUUUGGAGCGUACUCCCGACGCGUUGCACCCUAGGCAAUAUUUGGAUGACUUUAUUUGUAUACAACUGGAUGGAUAUCCGGCGUUUAUUGACUACCCUAAAACGAUGGUGGAGUUUGAGAAGAGUCAAAUGUCUGCACUCAAUGCGGAGUUGUCGCAGAUCAAGCAAGAACAAAGUACGCUGCUUAAUGAGGACACGACCUACUGGUUCGAUGUAGGGAACGACGAGAAGCACCAAAUCGAAUACGAACGUAAGAAGGAAAUGGAACGGGCGUUCAUCGAUAAAAUCCUACAAGAACAAGAACUAGUCAGGGAACAACAAAGAAAACUAGACAACUUAAGACAGUCCAUCUUGACCAAAGGAAAGGAUGCGUGUCGCAGGAAAGACUCAUCAACGUACGAACCUCAGUCACGUCAAGACAAAAAGAUGACUUCAAGUGACGAAGAACUGCUGUGCCAAUACGCCAACAUUUUAAAGCACAAGUAUACAAUUACUGAAAUGUUUGAGCCUCAGCCCAGGAGUACCGUUCAAAAGAACGUGCUGCAAAAACAGCAGGAAGAUUUAAGUGAAGUCAUUGACUUGUUCAACAAAAACAUGUGCAGUAAAAGCAGUUUAAAGAAACUUAAUAUCACUGAAGGAUUGUUAACAACUGACAAUUUAAUUAGAAGAAUUAAGGAGGAACUUAGAAACAAUUUAACUGAACAAGGUGGUUACAAUGAUGCAGCAGCCAAUCAACGACUAUUAGAGCUUCAGGCUGAAGCAAGGGAACUUGAGAAGGACGUUUCUAAACUGGUCAAGGUAUUAAGAAAAGGGCAAACCAAUGAGGGUUACUCUAGUAAAAGAGCCAAUAGAAAAAAGUCAAAAAGAGGUUUACCAAAACUAGAUGUUACCAAAAUAAUUAACGAUAAUAAAUGAAUCUAAUAAAAUUAUAAAAGGCCAUAUAAGUGUUCCUAAAGUAAAGUUUAGUCAAUUAUUAAAGUUACUAGACAACAAUAAGAAUUAAUUGAACUUAAGAUCAAAGUUAACUAUAUAUUUUUAUACUAUAUUGUAUUUAUUUAUAUGAAAUGUAUAUUGUAUAUUUUUAUAUUUAUAUUUUUAAGUUGUAAUAAAGUUUUUUACAACUCUA